AUGCCGCCUUUAGAAACAGCAACAAAUGCAACACAAGCUCAAGAUGGUCCUGUAUCUGUAGAUGAAGCUUCUUGGCUCUUUAGCAGGUCUCAAUUUCAUCGAGAGGUGACCCUGCCUUGGUUGGACCGAAUGGGAUUCUUUUGGAUCUUGCCCUAUUCUCUAAUGACCAAAUUUGAAGGCCAUGCCUUUGUUGAAUUCACGCACAUCCUUCCUGGAGCGCUUUGGGUAGCAUUGAUUCCUUUUCAGCUACAUCCCACUUGGAGAAACAACCAUCGCCAACUUCACAGAAUCCUGGGCUAUUUGUUUGUGGCAACGUCUCUGUCCAUUUCCGGAGCCAUCUUUGUUCUGCAAUACCAGAAGUUGACCUUCGAUUAUCAUGCUCCAUUUGACACGCUGCCACCGCGCAUGGUGGAUACAAUACAAAUCCCAAUGACUUGGCUGGUUACGUUUUGGUUUGGCGGAACCGGAGUGCACGCAGUUCGAUUGGCUCGGACAGGAGACUACCAACAGCACCAAGUCUACAUGCUGCGCCAUGUAGCAGCAGGCCUCUGGGUCUCGACACAGAGAAACAUUAUAUUUCCACUCGUCCAGUUGGUCCUGAGAAUGUUCUUGGAAGAAGUUCCCAAUUGGCUGCGACGAGAGCUCUUUGGUGGGACAGCAAAUCUGGCAAUGCUCACGACAGCUGCGAUGGCGGAGUUCGUCAUUUAUCGCAUUUCCAGACUCAGGUCCCAAACGAAAAAGAAUGCAUAG